UGAAGUAGCCUAAUCCUAUCUUGUGCCAAGCCCACAACCAACGGAUACGAGUGGUUGAUGAAUAACUAACAAACCCACCUACACUCGAGCUCUCUUUUCACAGAGCUCCAAUGGCUACUCUUAGCUUCAAUCCUACAAGAAUCCCUCACAAACCCAUCUCCAAAAUCACUUCUUUUUCAAAACCCACAAAAGUCUACUUCCCUGUCUCUCAAAAACCCCCCAAAACACACCAAAAACAGCUCCAUUUCCAAUCCAAACUCUCAGUUUCAACACAAGAACAAGUGGAAGUUGAAGACUAUGAUAAUGAAGAAGAGGAAGAAGAAGUUGAUGAUGACCCGACUGCAGAAGUGAGCUAUCUAGACCCAGAAACUGAUCCGGAUAGCAUUGUUGAAUGGGAAUUGGAUUUUUGUUCUAGGCCUAUUCUUGAUAUUAGAGGCAAGAAAGUGUGGGAGCUUGUUGUUUGUGAUGAUUCAUUGUCACUUCAAUUCACUAAGUAUUUUCCUAAUAAUGUUAUUAAUAGUAUCACUUUAAAAGAUGCUCUUGUUUCCGUUAGUGAGGAUCUUGGUGUCCCUUUGCCAGAAAAAAUUCGGUUCUUCAGAUCACAGAUGCAGACAAUUAUAACAAAAGCUUGCAAAGAGCUGAACAUAAAGCCUGUUCCAAGUAAACGGUGCCUAUCAUUGCUUUUAUGGUUGGAAGAACGAUAUGAGACUGUAUAUACUCGUCAUCCUGGCUUUCAAAAGGGAUCUAAACCACUCCUGGCUUUGGAUAAUCCUUUUCCCAUGGAACUUCCUGAGAACCUGUUUGGAGAGAAAUGGGCCUUUGUCCAAUUACCUUUCUCAGCUGUUCAAGAGGAAGUCUCAUCACUGGAAACAAGAUUCAUGUUUGGGGCAAGUCUAGACUUAGAUCUCUUGGGAAUUGAAAUUGGUGAGAAAACCUUGAUUCCAGGACUUGCUGUUGCAUCUUCGCGCGCUAAACCAUUGGCAGCCUGGAUGAAUGGACUGGAAGUGUGUUCGAUAGAAGCGGACACAUCUCGUGCUUGCUUGAUUCUAUCAGUUGGACUCUCCACCCGCUAUAUUUAUGCUACCUAUAAGAAAAAUCCAGUAACAACAGCAGAAGCUGAGGCCUGGGAAGCAGCAAAAAAAACUUGUGGAGGCUUACAUUUCCUUGCCAUUCAAGAGGACUUAGAUUCAGAAGACUGUGUUGGGUUUUGGCUUUUAUUAGACUUGCCACCUCCUCCUGUCUGAUUUAGUCAAAAAGUAGAAAUCAACAAUACAGUGUUCACACUUUUUCUGCUUCUUUAUUUUGUUUUAAUUAAUAGAGAGAGAGGUUAAGCAUCAAA